AUAUCCAUACUAUAAAAACCUUAAGCUUUUUCUACUUAGUCACAUUACACGUCCUUUUUUCAUUAAGGAAGGUCCAGUAAACAUAAACAAAAUGUUUUUCUUAAAAUCUAUUGUUCUUUUUGCUGUAGCAAUCGCUUUGGGCGCGGAUGCCAGUGCAGUAUUACCAGCUGUAGCCGCACCUCUGGUUGCUUCACCUCAAAUAGGAUAUGCCCAUGCUGUACCGCAAAAUGUUCCCCCGUAUGCUGCACAAGUCAGCAUCGUUUCCAAGGCGAUUAAUCCUAUUGUUGCUGCAUCACCACUGUCAGCGCCAAUUGUUGCACCUGCGCCUGGACCAUUUGCAGCACCAAUAGCAGCUAGAAUAGCCGCACCUUAUGUUGCUGGUCCAGCACCAGUGGUUCCUGGUGCUUAUGCUGCUGCUCCUUACGCUCCUGCUGCUUAUGCCGCAGCUCCUUAUGCCGCUGGCCCUUAUGCCGCAGCACCUUAUGCUGCUGGCCCUUAUGCCGCCUCGCCGUAUGCUCUUCCUGGUCCUUUCCCUGCUGCAGCUGCUUAUGCCUCUCCAUACCCUUAUUCACUGGCUGCCCCUCUGGGACGUGUCCCAUUCGGCGUUGCACCAGCAUUUGUACGAUAGAUUUUAAGUUUAACUGUAGUAGACCUUCCUUCCAAAAAGACUUGUUAAUAAAAUAAGAAUUAUACAACAUUAAUUUUUAAUAAAUAAUUUUUGUAUUAAA